AUGCAAUCUGGAUCAGUCGAGAUGGGCACGAAGGCUAGAGCUAAUGUCGCUGGUCGCGGCGAGGUAGAAUUCAUGUUGAACGUCAACGGUAGUCCCCAUCCUUGCAAAUUGUCAAACAAAUGCCGCGUUACUGCAGGACCAACUGUAGUUGCUACAGCGAGUCAAGUUGGGGAUUUGUACAUACUUGACGUCAUGAAUGAAACCUUUUCUGCUCACGUAGUUACCCUGCAGACGCUACAUGAACGCAUGGCCCAUGUUAACGUACAAGGAACCGCAUCAAUGAUUGACAAUAAUGUGGUAAGUGGCAUCAACCGAUCAUCGUCUCGAGCACAGAACCGUCUUGACUUGGUACAUUCUGACGUUUGCGGUCCGCUCGAAGUACAGUCCAUUGGUGGCUCGAGAUACUUCAUUACAUUUGUAGAUGAUCACUCGAACUGGGUUGUUGUGUACACGAUGAGAAAUAAAUCUGAGGCGUUUGCAAAAUACAAGUUGUAUGAAAAUGGCCUCUCGGAGGGUCAUGCAAAUUUGCAUAGUUUUGCCAAGUGGAACCUUGGCCCGUAG